AUGGGAUUUACAGGUGCGGGGGGCUGGUCUCCCCAGGACAGCGACAGCUACCCGUGGCUCCAAGUGGACCUGGGCAACCGGAGACAGGUGGUUGCCGUGGCAACACAGGGCAGGUACAGCAGCUCUGAUUGGACGACGAGGUACAGGCUGCUCUACAGCGACACGGGCAGGAACUGGAAGCCUUAUCACCAGGACGGGAACAUAUGGGCAUUCUCAGGCAACUCCAACACGGAGAGUGUGGUGCGACACGACCUGGCAAAAGGUAUCAUGGGCCGGUUCCUGCGUUUCAUACCGCUGGACUGGAGUGGAGAGGGGCGCAUCGGUCUCCGCAUAGAGGUCUACGGCUGUUCCUACUGGGCAGACGUAAUAAACUUUGAUGGACAGGGAGUUAUAUCUUACCGAUUUAAGGUGAAGAAGAUGAAGAUUAUAAAGGAUGUCAUUGCUCUGAAGUUUAAGACAUCAGAAAGUGAAGGAGUCAUUCUACACGGAGAGGGACAGCAGAGACUAUAUAACAUUAGAGCCACGCAGAGCCAAACUACUGCUGCAGAUUAA